AUGAAGCCCAACUCGGACGCCGUUGCCAGCCCGGCUCCCGCUGCCGAGUUUGAUCGCGAGAUUACCGACAUGGCAUCUUACAUUCACAACUACAAGGUCACCUCGGAGCUUGCUAUCGACACCGCCAGAUAUGUCUUCCUAGACACCUUGGGCUGUGGUCUCAAGGCUCUCGAGUUCCCCCACUGCACCAAGCUCCUCGGUCCCGUCGUGCCCGGAACCACUGUUCCCAAUGGCACAAAGAUUCCUGGUACUCCCUACCAGCUUGAUCCUGUACUUGGUGCAUUCAACAUUGGAGCCAUGAUCAGAUGGCUCGACUUCAACGACUGCUGGCUUGCUGCCGAAUGGGGCCACCCUAGUGACAACUUGGGUGCAAUCCUGUCUGUUGCAGACUGGAUCAGCAGAACCAACCGCAAUGGUGGUAACUUGGGCAAUGGAAAGAUUUUCACCGUCAAAGACGUCCUCGAGGCCAUGGUCAAGGCACACGAAAUUCAGGGUUGCAUGGCUCUCGAAAACUCCUUCAACAAGGUCGGUCUUGAUCACGUCGUCUUGGUCAAGGUUGCAUCAACCGCUGUCGUCAGUCAAAUGCUUGGUUUGACCGAGGCUCAAACUCGUGACGCAAUCUCUCAAGCAUGGGUUGAUGGUCAGAGUAUGCGUACCUACAGACACAGCCCCAACACCAUGAGCAGAAAGAGUUGGGCUGCUGGUGAUGCUUGUGAAAAGGCAGUCAACCUCUGCCUCAAGGUCAUGAAGGGUGAGGGUGGUAUGGCCACCGUUCUUACCGCUCCUACUUGGGGUUUCUACGAUGUCAACUUCCACGGUGCCAAGUUCAACUUCCAAAGAGAAUAUGGCAGCUAUGUCAUGGAAAAUGUCCUUUUCAAGGUUUCAUACCCUGCCGAAUUCCACUCGCAGACCGCCGUCGAAGCAGCCAGCCGUCUCAACAAGAAGCUCAAGGCCAUGGGCAAGACUGCCGAAGACAUCAAGGAUGUUACCAACCGAACACAUGAGGCAUGCAUUCGCAUCAUUGACAAGCAACUGAAGCCCAUGGACAACUUUGCCGAUCGUGACCACUGUGUUCAGUACAUGGUUGCAACCAUGUUCGUCUUCAACCGUCUCGAGGCAUCAGACUACACGGAUGGUUCCGAGGCAGCAACAAGCCCUCUUGUCGAGUCGCUCCGCAAGAGAAUCAAGUGUGUUGAGGACCCUCAAUACACCAAGGACUACCAUGACCCCGAGAAGAGAACCAUCUCCAACGCUCUUACCGUCACCUUGAAUGACGGUACAACCUUGGAGGAGGAGAUUGUCGAGGCACCUCUUGGUCACAGACUGCGUCGUGACGAGGCCAAGCCAGAAAUCAUGGCCAAGUAUAAGAGACAUUUGGGACCUCACUUCAGUGAGGCCCGUGUAAAUGAGUUGAUUGAGCUUGGCAACUCGCCCGACAAGUUGUACGCCAUGGAGAUUGACAAGUAUGUCGACCUCUAUGUCAAGGAGAGCAAGUAA